AUGUCGCGCAUCCAGAUCCCCCUCGACGCCCUGACGUCGCGCCUCAACCUCGGCGACCGCUUCCAGGGCCUCCGCGCCGGCCCUCUGUCCGGCCGCUUCUCCAACCUGCGGCCCGUCUCCGAGUUCUGCGACUUCAAGCGCCUGUCCAAGCCCGCAACCUUUGGCGAGAUGCAGUCGCGCGUCAACUUCAACCUCAGCUACUUCUCCAGCAACUAUGCCGUCGUCUUCGCCAUGCUCAGCAUCUACGCCCUGCUGACCAACUGGCUGCUACUCUUCGACAUUGUCCUCGUCGUCGCCGGCAUGUUCCUCAUUGGCCGCCUCCAGGGCCGCGAUCUCGAGAUUGGCACCUUUCGCGCCACCUCGUCCCAGCUCUAUACCGGCCUCCUCAUCGUCGCCGUCCCGCUCGGUCUGAUUGCCUCGCCCUUCUCGACCCUGCUCUGGCUCAUCGGCGCUUCCGGCGUGGCCAUCCUCGGCCACGCCUCCUUCAUGGACAAGCCCAUCGAUGAGGCUUUUUCCGGGGAGGCGGGGGAUGCUGCCCCCUCGAGCUUCUGGGGCGACGACCCCAGGAUCGAGGAACUGGACACGGAUGGGGGCGACGGCGCCGACACUCGCCUCAUGUCUUCGAGGCGCAACGCAACGCGCUUUGUCAGCGAUUCUCUUCAUUUUACGGGUAUAGACUUGGGUGACCGGAUGGGCGGCACGGUGCGCCGCAGGCGUUAUGGCGAUUCGGAUGAUGACUACGACGACGACGAAGGCUCUAGCACUUGCAGCGAAGAAGAGGAAUACGGGGGCGCCGAGGACGCGGCUUCGCAGGACAUGGGUGAAAAGGAGGAGGCCUUGAUCCAGUCGGCGCUGCAGCGCAUCAGUCGGGCGCGGGCCAAGGGCAAGGCCGACGUCAAGCUCAACAAGGAGGAACUGGCGGCUCUGGAACGGAGGCGGAAGCGCAUGCAAGAAGAAGAAGAGCGGAAGAAACGGAACUCGGGCAGCGAAAGCAGCCGCGGCAAGAAAAAGGCCAAGCAACAGCGGAUUGCGGUGCCCCUUUCGCACCUGGAGCCCGUCUCCCGCAAGAGGGGGUCGGCGCCACGGCAUGUCUCGACGGGCGAUCUGCCAGACGACCAAGCCCCGCCCCAGGUGUACCCUCCGAUGGGAUAUUUUCCGCCGCCUUCUUCGUCUCGCUCUCGGCAACGAUCCGGGACGACGUCCUCAAGGGCGCCCAGUCGUGCGCACGAGGAGCGAGGCUCGUCGCCGUACCAACAGGACUACCUGCCGCCAUGGCCUCCUGCGAGCAGGCACGUCUCUGACUCUGCGACACGAACUCGCUCGUCUCGAAGCUCUCACUACGACGACUCCUUCUCGGGAAGCCGCACUCACCUGGAUCCGUUCCUGUACCAGACGGCGGGUCCGUGUGCCCCUCCGGCGGGCCCCAGACGGUACGUGUCUGGUCCGGCCGAAGUUGUCUACGACCCGCGUCGGGGAGGAGCGGCAGGCUUUGCUGUCCCCGGGGCUCGGCACGGGUCACGGCAAGGGUCGCGGCAGGGAUCACGGCGACAGAGUCUGGACGACGAGCCGAGCGAGAACGAGAGCGAGACGAGCGGAGAUAGCACGAGCGAUGAUGGCGGCAACGGGCCGCGGGCCAGCGAGCCGCGGGCCAGGGGGAGGGACAUGGACAUUGUGGUCGAGGUGUCGCCAGAGCGCGAGCCGGCCAAGAAAAAGCCGUCGCCGCCGGCCAAGAAGAAGUCGGCGUCGGGAGGCAAACGCAAGAAGAAGUGA